UUUGCACACACUCAACAUUCCAAGCCAACAUUCCGGUUACUUUGUUGAGUACUUGGAUAAAGGCAACUGUUAUUUCAGUUAUAUAAACUUGCAUAUUGGUAUUAAAUAGGCAUGCAACAGUACAUUAAUGUCAGCUAAGAACGGUAAUCAAUGCGUCGUGAGCAAGGUGAAAACAACCGCAGAGAAUAACAGCGUUACGACAUAAUCUUUAUGGAAUAACAUUGUGAAGGACUGUAUUAAGUGCCCGUGAAAUUAUUUCGUACCGGACUUUUACAGAUCCAAGCUCACUUCUCAAAUACGAGUUUUUGAGGUGUAAAUAAAAUAAUUUAUUACGGAGCGUGUGAUGCGACCUUUCAAGUCGAAGGUUGAACACUCAAUCGGUAGCUAAACAUAAGAAUUGGAAGCUCAUGAUCAAUUACAAGAGACAACUUAAAACAAGAUACAUAUGACUCCAAUGACCUAUUGUCAGAUCGACCAGAUGACGUUUAUCAAUAACAUGUCGGCUGAAUCCGCAUCUACAGCAGAGAACAACAAUAAUAACAGUGGCACGAUGAAAUCCAGAGAACAGCUACAAAGGGAGUUAAAGCAACUCGAGUAUAAAUUGAAGCAAGCGAACGAUCAAGUGGCAGAGCUAACAAAACGGCUUGAGAUGCAGUCGAGCAAAACAAGACAGCUGAUCGCCGGCUGGAAGCUAGAGCUGCAAGACAGGGAAAACUCUCUGGAUAAACAACUCAAAGAAAAAGACAAACAGUUGAACGAUAUCUGUGCUGAACUCAUCCAUUUUGAAGCAACUUUGAAAAAAGAGCGAAACUCUAUUGUACAACAACUAAAUGAGAAGGAUAAGAAAAUUAAGGAACAGGACAGGAGAAUUAAAGAGCAAGAGAAACAUAUAAAAGCACUAAACUCGGCGAAUGAAAGAUUACUGGAAAGUCUGCACGAAUCAAGAGUGUCUUCCUCUCCACCAUCGUCACCCGCUUCACCAUCGUCUCUCUCGUCGUCUCCGUCGGCAACGUCUCCAUCAGGACUACUGAACAACAAUAACAUUGUUUUUUCGCCACACUAUAAACAUAUACGACAUAAUGGAAACACAAGUUCACCACGAACCGUGAGGUUCAGUGAAGAUGUCAGGGAUAACGAAGAAAAGAAACCAACGCCUAAGUCGGCCAUCCGAAUUCGAAAGAUCUCAUUGCCUGCUUAUCGCCUACCAGAGGACGAGGAAGACAUCGUUAGGUACUGCUAAUUUGUCCUCUUUAUCAGGCAACUCGACAACCGUGUUAUUAAUUCUUUCAUUACAACGUUAAUUGCAAUAGGAAACUGCCUUCAUUUGCCUUCCUGGCCAGGACUUCUUGAAACACAUAAGGGACAAAAGCCAGAAACUGUAUAUAUACACACAUAAAAAGACGGUACUUAAUUGGAGGUAGGCCUACUGACAACACCGGUGCUACAAAUGAUUUUGUUGUUGGGAAGAGCUACUACAAAAGACUCAAGGCGAUAUGCAAAUUAACUUGACCUUUUUAUAUCGUUUAAACCAUAGUUCAAAGAUAUUUCGCACGUAAAAAUAAAUUUAAAUACUGAUUGAAUAUUGAAAGAGGAUUUAAAACUACUGUUGUUAAAUAGAUAUGUAUAUGGACUGCGCGCGCACUGCACGUACGUACGUGCAAGUCAACGUGAAUACAAAGUAUGUCGUAAUGGCUUCUGAUCAUGCUAUUACUGCAUCGACGAUAGCUCUAGAAUUACUUUGUAUCAUCCGUCCAUAUUGAUGGAAUGUGCAAUAAAAAAUACAACUUCUCAGUUCGUUAAACUAGGACUGUUAUAGAAAGAACAAUUUAAAUACAUCGAAUGUGUUGUAAAAUUAUGGGGGAUCAAUGUUAUAUGCCUAUAAGGUACUUUAUUCUAAAUCACAUUACAUAUAUUUUGUUAGAAACUUGCGAAAGGGAACAAACGUUCAGUUUUAAUUCAAGGUUUGUCAAAGACAGAAUAUUACAACAUUGCAAACAGACAAAACGCAAUAGUAUUAAAUGCCUACCGUUUUUAAUGGUGAUAAAUUUAAGUUAAAAUAAUUAAAGGCCCUACAACUCAAUAUGAUGUGAUAAAUAAAUUGGUGAUCGUCCGGGGAUUUUUUAUGGGGAAUGUUCGUCUAUAUUCCAUAGGAAAUUUAGACCUAUUGAAAUGAAUGCUGAAUGAAAUGCUUAUUCGUAAAAAGUAGCUUUAUAAAAAUGUCUGUGUUAAAUCAAUGUUUAGGCAUACCCGUUUAACAGACGUAGCAUCGGGCGUAGCAUAUAUGUUUCCUGUGAUAUUUAGGGUAAGUUUUCAUGGCUUAUGUGGCCAUUUGUUAAUACUAUCAGAUGAUUUUAUAUUGUUCAAUUUGAACUACUUUUAAGAAAUAAAAUUGAUGUAUAAUAAAAGUUGAUAUGAAAUAA